AACCCCCAAACCCACAAAGGUAACCUAAAUACCUCACCGCACCGGUUACUGCAUAUAUGCAGGUCCUAUUGGCAGCUCAUCGGCGAAGAAGAACCGACAACUGGGGCGUUUUAUGGUUCCUGCAAAUGUUGUGAACUCAACUGGCACAUCCAGGAACGUUUCAACCUCGACCACCAUCACCCACCAUUUGUGAUGUGAUGUUCCUUGGAUUCAAAACAUACUUUAUAACUGUGCUGAUCAUCUAGAAAAGUAGAAGUCAGUACCAAGGACAGGCCACAGUACACCCUCUAGAGACAGACUAGUAUAAUUUUGUCUCUUAAAGAUACUGCAAUACAUAAUCUUUAAAAAAAAGAUGUCCCACCCAAGUAUCGAUGGUACAGCCCUACCUGCAGAAGAUACAGAGCAGAACGGAACCCACAGGAAAAAACUGCUGCUGGAGAAACCUCGAGCUGAAGAAGUCAACAAAGAGCUGGAGAGGAAGUUCCAAGCGCUGAAGGGUAUCACCCUGUACGACAGUCCAUCCAGCCCCUGCAGCCGCAGAGUGCGCAUGGUUCUGAUUGACAAGGAGAUCCCCUACCAGACAGUCGAGGUUGACCUGUUGAAAGGUGAGCAGAUCCACCCAGCCUUCCUGAAACUUAACCCCAACGGCAAGGUCCCCGUCCUCACCAUCUUCAACAUUGAGGGUCUCCCCAACUGUGUUCUGUACGAGUCAAACAUCAUCACAGAGUUUUUGGACACCGUUAUCCCCAACGUGCAUUAUGGGGAACAUGCACUGUACCCCACUGAUCCCUGGGAAAGGGCAAAGGUCAAAAUGUGGCAGGACUGGGAGCUGGGUCUUACUGAUGAUUUUAGUCCGUACAUGUUGCAAAACAUGGUAGGCGUGGCACAGCGGGCCGCAUUUCCCUCACGAGAUGCGCUGGAGGCGACCUUACGGGACGAUUUACCAGAGAAACAACGAGAAAUGAUUUUACAAACGUACGACGGGACAUAUCGUACGGAGGAGGAGCUACAUCAUCAUGCUAUAGGCUGCUAUCAGAGCUUACUUGAGUUGGAGAAGGCCUUAAAUGGGAAAGACUAUCUGCUGGACUUUUUCUCCAUCACAGAGAUCACCCUGUACCCACGCCUGCACCAGUGUGGUAGCGCUGGGCUGCCCAUACAGAGCAGCGUGUUCCCAAACAUCUCCCGUUACCUUGGCAACCUCUGGUAUAGGGGUGCAGUGCGGAAGAGUGAGCCCAUGAAACAGUGGGUUGAGAAACUGACCUUGUCUGUGGUGCCGGGCAUCCUGGUCAAGAUGGGGAACUUCCGCAGCGGCAAGAAGGUCAAGAGAUUCAGUGGAUCCACCGUACUGUCCAGUGUGUUCAAGGUGGCGAGCCAGACGCGGACAAUGGACAGAGAGAUGUUGAAGCGGGAGGGAGAGGUGAUGGAGGAAGAGUUCCUGGUCCAUCACUACUCUACUGCUGCAGAACCACUACAGGUCCAGCUGUUACUGAUGGAGAAGGGAGCCAAGUAUAAGACCAUGAAGCGUGGCUUUGUGGAGAUGAUUGGUCGUCCUCAUGGGUCCGGUGGCCGUUUCCGGGUGCGGCACGGCAACAGGAUUCUUACAGGAUCGCGAGGGGUUCUGGAGUAUGUGGACUCCGUCACUGGAGUUGACCUGACGUCACCUGCCCUGUACCCUAAGGACCCCCUACUGAGAGCUAAGUGCCAGCAGUGGCAGGCCUGGGAACAGGACUUCUACUGUCAGGACCUGGUGUACCUGCUGGAGAGGAAGGUCGUGGCACAGAAACUGCACGACAGGUAUGACAUGACAAAUCUGGACGAGCUCCUGGCACUUCAGAGCGACGUACGCUUCUUGGCAACCUUUCACCAUAUCAUGAAGCUCUACAUGUCAAGGGUGGUCCGUGGCAGUGAGAUGUGGGGGAAGCUGGGUAAGUUGUAUGGACACAUGGUAGAGGGGGAUGCAGUACGGGUGGGGAACGUGGUGAUGUACAUGGAGCUCAUCAGGAGACGACUGGAGUACCUGGACAGGUACCUCAAGAACAAGGACUACCUUGUAGGAGACAUGCUGACCUUCGCUGACAUCUGCGUGUACUGCCGCCUGCUGUUCCUACCGGGGACGGGCGUCCACCUCUCCGAGAAACUCUACCCCAACCUCACCGCGUGGAUGGAAGGUCUCCGCCAACGAGAAAACUUUAGAAAGGUCGCAGAGGAAGUGGAAACAAACCUUGGGAAAUUCUUCUCUGCUGAGGCAUCAUGAAGGAUUCAGAAAUCAGUCAGAAGAAGGGAAAGUCGAAAGAGAA